CGGGCUGUGGGACAUUGACGGUCAGAGCCUGAGGGGAGCGGUGCGCGAUGCUGCAGCUGUUCAGAGCCGGGCUGGUGCUGGGGCCCCGGCGGCGUCAGGGCUCGGCGCUGCUGUGGCAGCAGUUUCUCAUGAACGGCUGCAGACAGUGUUCUUCAGGAAUCAUUCCCAAUGAAAAGAUCCGCAAUAUUGGAAUCUCUGCUCACAUUGACUCUGGGAAAACGACAUUAACAGAACGAGUCCUUUUUUACACUGGGAGGAUAGCGCAGAUGCAUGAGGUAAAAGGUAAAGAUGGAGUCGGGGCUGUCAUGGAUUCUAUGGAGCUGGAACGACAGCGCGGUAUCACAAUUCAGUCUGCAGCAACCUACACCAUGUGGAAGGACACCAACAUCAACAUCAUAGAUACACCAGGGCAUGUGGACUUCACAAUUGAAGUGGAACGAGCUUUAAGAGUUCUUGAUGGAGCUGUCCUGGUGCUCUGUGCUGUUGGAGGAGUCCAGUGCCAAACAAUGACCGUGAACAGACAAAUGAAGCGUUACGAUGUCCCGUGUUUAGCAUUCAUCAAUAAACUGGACAGAAUGGGCUCAAAUCCAACCAGAGCUGUGCAACAAUUGAGAUCCAAGUUAAAUCACAAUGCAGCCUUUAUCCAGAUUCCCAUUGGCCUGGAGGGAAACUUCAGGGGGCUUAUAGAUCUCCUUGAGCAAAGGGCCAUAUACUUCGAUGGUGACUUUGGCGAGACCAUUAGAUACGAUGAAAUCCCAGCUGAAUUUAGAGUAGAGGCUACAGAAAGAAGCCAGGAACUGAUUGAAUGUAUUGCUAACUCAGAUGAACAAUUGGGGGAGCUGUUUCUGGAAGAGAAGAUCCCUACAGUUACUGAUUUAAAGCUUGCAAUCAGAAGAGCAACACUGAAAAAGUCCUUUACGCCUGUGCUUGUGGGAAGUGCUUUGAAGAACAAAGGAGUGCAACCCCUUCUGGAUGCUGUCUUAGACUAUCUCCCAAAUCCAUCUGAAGUCCAGAACUAUGCUAUUCUGAACCAGGAGGAUUCUAAGGAUAAAACCAAACUGCUGCUGAACUCAGUCAGAGAUGACUCUGAGCCUUUUGUUGGUCUGGCUUUCAAACUGGAGGCUGGCCGUUUUGGGCAGCUAACGUACAUUCGAGUUUAUCAGGGGAUGUUGAAGAAAAGUGACUACAUUUACAACACCAGGACAGGGAAAAAGGUGCGAGUGCAGAGACUGGUUCGCAUGCAUGCAGACUCGAUGGAGGAUGUAGAUGAAGUUUAUGCAGGAGACAUAUGUGCAUUGUUUGGAAUUGAUUGUGCUAGUGGGGAUACGUUCACUGAUAAAACCAGUACUGACAUUUCCAUGGAAUCGAUUCAUGUCCCUGAACCUGUCAUUUCAGUAGCCAUGAAGCCUUCCAACAAGAAUGACCUAGAUAAAUUUUCAAAAGGCCUGAACCGGUUUACAAGAGAAGAUCCUACCUUUAGAGUCCACUUUGACAAUGAGAGCAAAGAGACAAUCGUUUCUGGAAUGGGAGAACUGCACUUGGAAAUCUAUGCUCAGCGAAUGGAAAGAGAAUAUGCUUGUCUUUGUACCAUGGGAAAGCCUAAAGUUGCCUUUAGAGAGAGCAUAACAGCACCUGUACUGUUUGACUAUACUCACAAGAGACAAUCUGGUGGGGCAGGCCAGUUUGGUAAAGUAAUAGGGUGUCUACAGCCUCUGGAUCCAGAGAACUACACACAGUUGGAGUUUGAAGACAGAACUAUUGGAACAAACGUCCCAAAGCAGUUUAUACCUGCUGUUGAAAAGGGAUUCCGUGAAGCGUGUGAAAAGGGUCCUCUGAUAGGUCACAAGAUUUCUGGAGUCCGGUUUGUCCUAGAAGAUGGUGCACAUCACAUGGUGGAUUCUAAUGAAUUCUCUUUCAUGCGAGCAGGAGAAGGGGCCCUCAAACAAGCUGUGGAAAAUGCAACUCUGUGUAUACUUGAGCCCAUUAUGUCUGUGGAAAUAGUAGCACCGAAUGAAUUCCAAGGAGCUGUGAUUGCUGGAGUUAAUCGUCGUCACGGAGUGAUCACAGGACAAGAUGGAGUAGAUGGCUAUUUCACUCUGCAUGCUGAUGUGCCACUGAAUAAUAUGUUUGGAUACGCCACAGAACUGAGAUCCUUCACAGAGGGAAAGGGUGAAUAUACAAUGGAAUACAAUAGAUACCAGCCAUGUUUACCUAGUGUUCAAGAGGACCUAAUUCACAAAUACCUAGAAGCAACAGGACAACUUCCCGUGAAAAAGGGCAAGGCCAAGAGCUGACUUGCCUCCUCCUGAGUGUUAAUUAGCAGCUUUCACAAUCUUCCGACAAACUCUUUCUCCUGCAGAGCUCUGUAACCUCAAUGACUCAACACAUCUAGGGUGAACAGAGAAAUUCAGACUGUAUCAGAACCUAAUCUUUAUUAAAAGCUCCUUCCUUUAUGAUAAAUUCAGAAGUUACAGGCGAUCACGGCUGAAAUGAUCACAUACAUAUUCCGUUCAUUAGCAAAAAAAUCUGUUAAAUUAUAAUAAUAAUUUGUCUUUGAAUUUUUUGUUUUAAACCACUUGUAUUAAAAUGAUGAUAUAGUAAUUAUUUUAUUUUGUCACUUCGGAAAAUACGAUACUGUGACUAUUGUGCCUCUAUUUUGAAUCCUCAAGGAUCCCAAUUCAGAGGACUAAAUUUACACAGCUUGAUGGGCAUCAGGUGGAUGAAUUUUUAUCCAAUAGAAUGAAAUUUGCCCUUGAAGGCUGAUCCCAAAACAAAUCCCUUUGCUUCUGCAAGUCACUUAUUAGCAAUAUGUAAUUUCGGGAUGUUUAAAUAGAUAUUUAUUUUACUCUGAUUCCAAAACAAAAUUCUAAGAUUUUCCAAAGUCAUAAAUAAUCCACCAUCUAAAUGUAUCUGUCAAUGCAAUUUGCUGCUCAGCAGCACUGCUCAGGACAGAUGAGCCCACUAGAGUGAAUUUGAAAAAAAUUGCCCAGGAUUUAGGAUUGUACCAGCCUAAAAUACAAUUAAAGUGAAUAUCCUUCAUAAACUGAAAUGUAUUAUGGAUUUAGCUACUAUUUCAUUUGCUUGACCCCUUUCCAAUGGGAUCUUUUUGUGACUGCCUAACAGACAAAAACAAAUACAAGCAGUGCUAAUUCUUCCCCAAAUCUCAAAUUCGAGAAGGUAGUUUUAUCCACCUGUCACAGGGUGGUCACAGGCUCUCCCACUUUUGUGCCUGCACCCUGUGUUUAGGCUGGUUUAAUAAAGAGUGUUCACUCCUUUUGUUGAAUCA